AUGGACAGGGAUAUAAGCUACCAGCAGAACUAUAAUGCAACUGGGGCAGCUGCAGCUUCUUCAAGACAGCUUCCCACAGACAAUAAUGCGGAUACAAAUUUUUUAAAAGUAAUGUCAGAAUUCAAGUACAAUUUUAACAGUCCAUUGCCCACAACGACCCAAUUCCCCACGCCGUAUUCUUCUAAUCAGUAUCAACACACACAGGAUCAUUUUGCCAAUACAGACGCGCCCAACAGUUCGAGCAACGAAUCGUCAUUAGUAGAGAAUAGUAUAUUACCGCAUCAUCAGCAGAUACAGCAACAACAACAGCAACAACAACAUCAACAGCCGCAACAACAGCAACAUUUAGGCUCACUUGUGCCUCCUGCAGUGACAAGAACGGACACGAGUGAGACUUUGGACGAUAUUAACGUUCAGCCUUCUUCUGUUUUACAGUUCGGGAACUCCUUGCCCAGCGAGUUUUUGGUUGCAUCCCCAGAACAAUUUAAGGAAUUUUUAUUGGACUCUCCGUCCACCAGUUUCAAUUUCUUUCACAAGACGCCGGCAAAGACACCACUUCGAUUUGUGACAGAUUCUAGCGGUGCUCAGCAGAGCACCUCAGAGAACCCUAACCAACAACAGAAUGUUUUUAGUAAUGUGGAUUUGAACAAUCUUUUGAAAAGUAAUGGGAAAACGCCCUCAUCUUCAUCCACGGGCGCAUUUUCACGUACUCCUCUAAGUAAGAUUGAUAUGAACCUCAUGUUUAACCAACCGUUGGCGACGUCUCCAUCAAAAAGGUUCUCCUCUUUGUCGUUGACACCGUAUGGUAGAAAAAUUUUGAGUGAUGUCGGUACGCCUUAUGCAAAGGCAUUGAUAUCUUCCAACAGCGCGUUAGUGGAUUUUCAAAAGGCAAGAAAAGAUAUAGCCGCUAGUGCGACGUCUAUAGGACUGGAAAACGCUAACAACAUCUUACAAAGAACACCGCUAAGAUCCAACAAUAAGAAAUUAUUUAUUAAAACCCCCCAGGAUACCAUCAACAGCACUAGCACACUAACUAAGGACAAUGAAAAUAGACCAGACAUAUAUGGCUCUUCGCCUACCACUAUUCAAUUAAAUUCAUCAAUAACAAAAUCUAUUUCCAAACUGGAUAACCCCAGGAUUCCCUUGUUGGCUUCCAGGUCAGAUACCAUUCUAGAUUCCAACGUGGAUGAUCAAUUGUUUGAUUUAGGGCUGACAAGGUUACCGUUAUCACCAACACCGAAUUGUAAUUCUUUACAUAGUACAACUGUAGGUGCAUCUGCCCUACAAAUUCCAGAACUACCUAAAAUGGGGUCUUUUAGAAGCGAUACAGGAGUUAAUCUCACUUCAAUCUCAAACACAGUUUCUUCCAAGAGCAAAUCAGGUAAUAACAAUUCAAAAGGUAGAAUCAAAAAAAAUGGGAAAAAACCUUCCAAGUUCCAAAUUAUUGUGGCAAAUAUUGAUCAGUUCAAUCAAGAUACAUCAUCGUCAUCCUUAACAUCAUCACUGAAUACAAAUUCGAGUGCAGGGAAUUCAAAUUCAAAUGUAGCAAAGAAGAGGGCAAGUAAACUCAAAAGGUCGCAGUCGUUACUUUCAGAUUCCAGAUCCAAAUCACAGGCAAAGAAAAACUGCAAUUCUAAAUCUAAUGGAAACUUAUUCAACUCACAAUAA